UCCUCCGAGACGAAAACGUCGGAUCACAAAUCUAUCAAUUCUAUUGGAUACAGCGGAAAAAGUGGCACCAAUAAUAAGGAAUCCAUUUUGUCAUAUCCAAAUAAAACGAAAUCGCGCGGUUUUUUGUUUUUUUUUCAAAUAUCUUCGGAAGUAUUCGAUAUUUUCAAACUUUUGAAGUGUCUGUUAUAUGGUUACCGUUGAGAUCCCAAUGAUACCUCCCGAAUUUUGGACACCCUGAAACCUGAUGUACAUACAUACAUAAUCAUAAGGAUAUAAUCAUGUAAGAUGUAAGUGAGUCACGUGAUUCACUGUGACCAAUCCUCAAGGAGAGUAGAGUUUAUAAUCCUUGACCAAUCCUAUAAUGAGGUUUCGGAAUGGUUCGAAAACUUUAGACUCUCGUCGUUUGUGUUCUUCUUCUUCUUUUAGACGUUGUGGUUAUGAGGUUAUGUUUUAUGAUGUUAUGUUGUGAGUUGUGAUUGUUGUGUAAAGUUAAAAAAUUGAAAUGUUGGAUAAUGCAUGUUAACUUUCUUAUACUUUUGCGUUUUCGUUUGCAGUUGCUGGCUGGAAUUUGAGGGGAAGAAAUUGAGCUCAAAUUCGAAAUGCCUCCAACUAUCCAACAGGCUAAUGAAAACACAACGAGUGGCGUAGAAAAAAGGCCAGCUAAACCUGUGGAAAAGAGGUCUGAUUUGAUUUGUAAAGUCAAGUAUUGCAAUACACUACCAGAUAUUCCAUUUGAUUUGAAGUUCAUAUCAUACCCAUUUGAAUCCAUAAGGUUCAUUCAGUAUAACCCAACCUCUUUAGAACGCAAUUACAGAUAUGAAGUAUUAACAGAACAUGACUUAGGUGUUAAUAUAGAUUUAAUCAACAAAGACAUAUAUGCCAUUGAACCUGGCACUCUCUUAGACCCUGCUGAUGAAAAAUUACUUGAAGAAGAUAUUUUGACACCCCAGGAUUCUAAAAGAUCACGUCAUCAUGCAAAAUCUGUAUCAUGGUUGCGAAGAACAGAGUAUAUCUCAACAGAACAAACAAGGUUCCAGCCUCAAACAAUGGACAAAGUUGAGGCAAAGGUUGGAUAUAGCAUCAAAAAGUCCCUCAAUAAUGAAACAUUGUACAUGGAUCGUGAUUCUCAAAUUAGAGCUAUUGAAAAAACAUUUGAGGAUUCCAAGAUACCCAUUGAGAAACAUUACAGCAAGCCUAAUGUGGUGCCAGUAGACAUCCUUCCAGUUUAUCCUGACUUCAAUCUUUGGAAGUAUCCCUGUGCUCAGGUUAUUUUUGAUUCAGACCCAGCACCUGUAGGAAAACAAGUACCUGCCCAAAUUGAGGAGAUGUCUCAGGCUAUGAUUCGUGGUGUCAUGGACGAAAGUGGUGAACAAUUCGUAGCCUACUUCCUACCCACCGAAGAGACCCUACAAAAACGCAGAGAAGACUUUGUCAACGAGAUCCCCUAUCAAGACGACGAGGAAUACGAGUACAAAAUGGCCAGGGAGUACAAUUGGAACGUCAAGAGCAAAGCGAGCAAAGGUUACGAAGAGAACUAUUUCUUCGUGGUGCGGCCCGACGGCAUCUACUUCAACGAGUUGGAGACGCGGGUGCGGCUGAGCAAGCGUCGACAAAAGCAGGGCCAGGCGCCCAGCAAUACGAGGCUCGUCGUCAAGCACCGGCCAAUGGACGCCGGCGAGUUCAGAAUGCAGCGGUACAGGGAGAAGCAGUUGGAACCGCCAGGCGAGGAAGACGAAGAAAUGGAAGUGGACGAACCGCAAGAAGAAGAAGAAACCAACGAGAACGAACAAGAAAGCGUCUCGGACCAAGAAAACAAAGACAAAGACGACAGCGACAAAGAGGACGACGACAAGGCCUCCAGGGCCUCCUCCAGAGCCUCUUCCAAACGCUCCAAAUCCGCAUCCCGAUCCAAAUCCAGAUCGCGAUCCAGAUCGAAGUCAAAGUCGAGGUCCAGGUCGACUUCCAAGUCCCCGUCGAGAUCCAGAUCCAGAUCGAAGUCUGCUUCUGGAUCGAGGUCGUCUUCCAAGGCCUCUUCCAAGUCCAGGUCGCGGUCUAGGUCAAAGUCCAAGUCUCGGUCUAAGUCCAAGUCUAGGUCUAAGUCCAGGUCUAAGUCCAGGUCUAAGUCCAGGUCUAAGUCCAGGUCUAGGUCGAAGUCGGGAAGUCGGUCGGGGUCCGGUUCUAGGUCUCCUUCGAGGUCUAGGUCUCCUUCAGGGUCCAGGUCUGGUUCUGGGAGCGAUUGAGGUGGUUUGGGGGAGUGUUGCUGGGAGGGAAUAGAUGGAUGGUUUUUUUGUUGAUGAAGGAAUUUGUUGCAUGGUUCUGACCUGUCAAGUUUAUGUAGGGAACUUGUGGAAAGUUCUGGAAUUAUCAUAAUCAUAAUACAAUUCCAUUUUUUUCUUGACUAUUGAUAAAAAGUAGCACAACUGAAAUCUAUAGUUGGAAUUUAAAUGACUGAACAGAACUUUUAAAAAAAUGUGUUGAAAAUCUCCAAACGUUUCGACUAUUUUUUUCCUUUAAAUUCUAGAGAAACAUUAUAUACAAUAUAACUUUCUUACCCCAAAAUUGAAAUCGAAGUGCUGCUCCAAGAUAUUUCGAAUUCUGAAUUUAUCAAAAAUUAAAAUAGGACUGAUUAUUUUUUAUGAUGAGUUUUCAUCUAACACCUAUUUCAAGUUGGUCUGAUCAAUUAUUAUAAUUAUUGUAAGAUUAUGUCAAUUGAGCUCUAUACAGGGUGGGUCACGGUGGAUGGCCUAUUAGAAGUAUCUGGAGAAUGAAAAAACAGAACAUUCUGAAAAUUAGGAUGCUUCGAUAAUUGAACAUUCUCUAUUCGUCUAAAAUGUUGUCAUCGAUACAGUGUUGCCACUUCUACCAGGAACAACUAGCAGCUUCGUUAUUUUAAAUGGAGCACCCUGUAUUUUAUUGCAUUUCCACAUUCUUCCUAAAGAGCUGAUUUUAUCAAUGCAUCACACUUGGGGUCUAGCAGGAAUGAUUACAGAGAUAAAGGAGGUUCAAAAUCGAGAUUUUUCAAUUUCGGGAUUUUUUUUGUGUCAAAACUAUUCGUUAUCGAUCAAAACGGCUUACAUGUCCCUAUCUUAAAUUUUGAUCCACUAACUACUGACAUUUUUAUUAUUUAGUAUUUUAUCCAAUUAAAUUCCAGUAGAUAGUGAAUCAAGAGUUGAAAUAGGGACAUGUACGCCGUUUUGAUCAAUAAUGAAUAGUUUCGACACAAAAAAAUACUUAAAUAGAAAAAUCUAGAUUUUGAAUACCCUAUAUCUCUGUAAUCAUUUCUGCUUGACCCCAAGCAUGCUACAUCGAUAAAAUCAGCUCCUCAGGAAGAAUCUAAAAAUGCAAUAAAAUACAGGGUGUUCCAUUUGAAAUAACAAAGUUGCUAGUUGGUUCUGAUAGGAGUGGCAACACUGUAUUGAUGAAAAUAUUUUAGACGAACAGAGAAUGUUCAAUUAUCAAAGCAACCCAAUUUUCAGAAUGUUCUGUCUUUUUGUUCUGCAGAUACUUCUAAUAGGCCAUCCACCGUGACCCACCCUGUAUAAUAUGAAUAAUUUUUCGAUGGGCUCGAUGAAAUCUUGCAAUUAAAAAAUUAAUUGACAGAAAAAUCUCAUGAAUGGUAUAAUUCUCAAUAUAAUUUUGUCAGAAAUCAAUAUCUCAUUGCAAGCUAAUCUGGCAAUUAUAAAAGAUCCAAGCCUAUUCUAUCUAUUGAGCCAAGUGCAAAAAAAAAUAUUGACAGAUUAAUCUUAAAAUUCUUACAAUUUGAGCUUUAUUGAUGGAAUGCUCUUGCAAAUAAUCUAAUAGCUAGAUUAGAAAUUAGACAUCGUCCAUAAAUGUUAUAACAAUUACAUCCACUGAUGAAAACUAACAAAAACGACCUUUUUAUACGUCCUUUCAAAAAGUAAAAACAUUACCUAUGUCAAGCACCUAAUCUGCUGGAAUUGGCACCGGAAGGAGUCAGAAAACCAAGAAACCUAAAAGAAGGAGAUUCUUUCAAAAAAUCUUCAAUCAUCAUUCAAUUAGAUCUUCAUAGACAGGAAGGUCUUGCAAUUAAUCUAAUAACAAAAUCGGUCUAAAAUUGGCAUUUCUCGAUUAACAUAACAUUCAUCGUGAAAGUUGAACUUUUAUUACAUGAUUUAUGUUGCAAUUAUCUUGAUGCAAUACCCCUAUUAAUCUUGCAAUUUGAACUUUAUCGGCAAAUAAAUCUUGCAAUAAACAUUAAUCUAUAAAUGGAACUCUAAUUGCAUGCUUCAUAUUGCAAUUAGCUUGAAGCAAUAUCAAUCUUGCAAUUAAAGUUUAAUUGAAAGAAUACCCUUGCAAAUAAUCUACUUGGAAGAUUAGAAAUUGGACUUCUUCUUACAUUCUCUUGUGAACUAACAAAAACAACCUUCUGCCACAUCCUAUAAACAUAACUUGACUGGUGGAAUUUUCACCGGAAGGAGUCAGAAAACCAAGAAAUACAAAAGAAGAAGAUUUUGUCAAAAAAGUUUCAUCUUUUAAUUAGAUCUUCAUGGACAGAAAGCUCUUGCAAUUAAACUAAUGGCAAUAUCUGUCAAGAGUUGGCAUCUUGCAAUUGAUAACAUUCAUCUGUAAGUUGAACUUUAAUUACAUGGUGUAUGUUGCAAUGAUCAUCAUGCAAAAUUAGUCUUGCAAUUUGAGUUUCAUCGACAAAUGUUUUCUUGCAAUUAAUAUAACCGCAAACAUUUAUAUUUAAAUGGGACUUUAAUUGCAUGAUUCAUAUUGCAAUUACCUUGAACCAAUAUCAAUCUUGCAAUUAGAGUUUAAUUGAUAGACUCUUGCAGUUAUUAAUGUAUCUGCAAAAAUGUAUCGGUAAAUUGCACACUAAUUGCAUGACUAUAUUGUGAUUAGUUUGAAGCACUAUCAAUCUCGCAAUUGAAGAUGAAUUGACAUCUUGACAGAUGAAUCUUUCUUCACAAUAAAUGAUCUGUGGUAGUAGUUAACAUAGUCACUGUUAUCAUUUGUGCUGCUUUUUAUGAAUUAUAUGCCCAUCCAUAGCUAUUCAAUACAUUUUUAAAAAUAUGUACGAUUAUCUUUAGGAUUGAUUCAUCCAUUGACUCUCAUAUUUUAAGUUUGGAAUUAAAAGAUUCUAAUAUGAGUA